AUGCCAUCAUCAAAACGAGCUUCCGAUAUAUCACCAUCCGAACACCAACUAGACUCGAAGAAGAUCAAACUAGACUAUAAAAAUCUAAAGCCGAUGCAAACAUUAUAUGUGAAGAACUUAAACACCAAGAUCAAUAAACAAAUAAUGAUUCAUAAUUUAUACCUUCUACUUUCUGCAUUUGGUGAUGUCAUUUCUAUAAAUUUAAAACGUGGGUUUGCGUUUGUCAUAUUUGCAAGUACCAACCUGGCGAGUCUUGCAUUGAGAACAUUACAAAAUGAAGAAUUUUUUGACAAACCCCUUGUUUUGAACUAUGCUGUUAAAGAAUCUAAAUUGAUAAGUCGUGCAAAGAAUGAGAUCCUACGAAACGAACUCGGUAAUGUCGAGUCUAAAGGAGAAGACGAAGAUGAUAUACUUCCGCUGUAUGAAUAG